ACUUAUUUCUAUUUUCAGGUCAAUGGAGAUGUCCGACUUCCUUGGAUCAGUGUUUUUCUUCGUAAAAUUGAUUUUGGUUCCAUCCCUGCCCUUGAAAUUAUAUAUCAUGACGGGGCAAGUGAAAUGCAAAUCGAGGAAGCGAAUGGAUGGAAAGGUAGUCCUGAUAACUGGCGCAAACUCUGGUAUCGGCAAAGUAACUGCGAGGGAUCUCCUGCAACGUGGCGCGACGGUCAUUUUUGGCUGUCGGAACUUGAAGAAAGCCUCCGCGGUAGCGCAGGAACUGCUCCAGGGUAAAUCGGACGGUAGAAUCGUCAUGAAACGGGUCGAUCUAUCCGAUUUCCAUUCGAUUCACACAGCCGCGAGAGAGAUCUUAGCGGAAGAAGAGAGAUUAGAUGUAUUGAUCAACAACGCCGGGACAGUAGCAAGUGAUUUCAAACUUACAACUGACGGUUUCGAGAAAGCAUACCAGGUGAACUAUUUAGCUCCAGUCUUGCUCACUGAGCUUCUGUUGCCCUUGCUGAAGAGAUCGGCGCCCGCUCGAGUUGUGAAUGUGGGCUCCGUCUGUUACAUAUUCGGUUCAAUCAACCCGAAAACGUUGGCGGCCGACUUCAAGUCGAAGUUCUCUACAGAACUCAUGCGGUACGCUUCUACGAAAUUAGCUCUCCUGGCCUACACGAAAGCCUCGAACAAAGAGCUCGGAAAUUCGGGUGUGACCGUCAACGUUCUGCACCCAGGCGUCGCGCGAACCACUAUCGUUCCGGAGCGGACCGAUAUCUUUGCAAUGCUCUACAAGAUAUUCGAUCGUCUCAUGCAACUAUACGGUCGCAGUGCGAAGGACGCGGCUCAAACCGUGAUACACCUCAGUGUAGAAUCUAUCGCGCCGUUCGAUAAGGGUCAAUAUUGGGCUGAAUGCAGAGCGCAGGCUACUUGGAGAGGGAACGAUCCCUUCAUUAAUGGGCGCGUGUUGAAAAUACCAGAAAUGUUAUAA